UCUACAUUGCGAGAAUCAAACCAAGCUUUCUGCUUCAGUGCUUUGCAACCUUUUAACCUUCAGUAUAGUAUUUAAAACUAAUUAGGUUUUACGAAAACUGAGAUCAACAGACAAUAAUAAUGGCGACGGUGAUUCCAAAAGUGAAAUUAGGUUCACAAGGUUUAGUUGUUUCACAACAGGGAUUAGGAUGCAUGGGUAUGUCAGGUAACUACGGACUCCCAAAACCCGAAGCCGAUAUGAUCAAGCUCAUCCACCACGCCAUUGACUCCGGUGUCACCUUCCUUGACACCUCCGACGUCUACGGUCCACACACCAACGAAAUCCUCGUCGGGAAGGCUUUGAAAGAAGGAGGACUAAGAGAGAAAGUUCAAAUUGCAACCAAAUUUGCAAUCCGGCAUGUCGAUGGAAAGAUGGACGUGUGUGGUGAUCCGGCUUAUGUCCGAUCAGCUUGUGAAGCUAGCUUGAAGAGACUUGAUAUUGAUUGUAUCGAUCUCUACUAUGUCCACCGAAUUGAUAUUCGUGUCCCAAUCGAAGUCACGAUGGGAGAGCUGAAGAAACUAGUAGAGGAAGGAAAAGUGAAGUAUGUAGGAUUAUCAGAAGCAUCUGCUUCGACAAUUAGAAGGGCUCAUGCUGUUCAUCCAUUAACAGCUGUACAGAAUGAAUGGUCUAUAUGGUCAAGAGAUUUGGAGGAGGAUAUUGUUCCUACUUGCAGAGAACUUGGCAUUGGGAUUGUUCCUUAUAGUCCUAUUGGAAGAGGAUUCUUGGCUGCUGGUCCUAAAUUGGCUGAAAACUUGACAGAUGGAGACUACAGAAAGAGUCAUCCAAGGUUUCAAAAUGCGGAACAAAAUAAGAGUGUUUUUGAGCGAGUGAAUGAGAUAGCAACAAGGAAAGGAUGCACCCCUGCACAGCUGGCACUGGCAUGGGUGCAUCACCAAGGAAGCGAUGUGGUUCCAAUACCUGGAACCACAAAGAUUGAAAACUUCAACCAAAACAUUGGAGCUUUGUCCGUAAAGCUAACGCCAGAGGAGAUGGGGGAACUUGAAUUGAUUGCUUCGAGUGACAUGGUUAAGGGAGAAAGGCAUGCGGUCAUGCACUUGACAUGGAUAAAUUCGGAGACGCCUCCUUUGUCGUCUUGGAAAGCCAUACAUAUCAGUCGCCUAUCAAGCCCCCGUCAGCCACCUAUGUCGAGCUCAUUGGAACUUUCAAUCCGUCCAUUUAGAGUCACUGAUGUCGAUGAUUUCUUCUCAUGGGCUAGAGACGAUAGAGUAACACAAUAUCUCCGAUGGAACACCAUAAAGGAUAGAGAAGAAGCUCUUAAAUACCUAAUGGAAGUCGUUAUACCGCAUCCAUGGCGACGAUCCGUCUGUUUUGACGAUAAAUCAAUCGGAUACAUCUCCGUCAAGCCAGAAUCAGGCGUCGAUCGUCAUAGAGCUCAUAUUUCAUAUGCAAUUGGUGUCAAUUUCUGGGGACGAGGGAUAACUACGGCGGCAAUGAAGAUGGCGAUCCCUAUGGUGUUUCAGGAGAUGUCGUAUGUGGUGAGGAUUGAAGCUCUUGUUGAAGAUGAAAACAAAGCAUCACAGAAGGUAUUGGGGAAAUUAGGGUUUAAAAAGGAAGGUUAUUUGAGGAAAUAUGGAUUUAACAAAGGGGAAAUUAGAGAUAUGAUCAUGUAUAGUUUGUUGUCAUAUGAUUUAUCAGAUCAAAUUUGUUAG